AUGAAGAUCAAACUUAUUGAUCAACAUGCAAAUGAAUAUAAUAUUAUUGCUAUGAAUAACUGGAAGAAACAGCAAAUGAUCAAAGCUAUUAUCAAUAAAAUUGAUUCGAGGAAGACUGGUUUAAUUUAUAUUGACAAUAUUUAUCUUGAUUCAGCUCUUACACAAUUUCUUUUAGAUGAUGAACGCAUUUAUAAUGUUCUUCAAAACCAAGAAGCGCUUUGGAUUUACAUUAAAUAUCGUUGUAACAGGUGCCGAAGCCAUGGCGUUCACAAGCCAGUUAUUUAUCUUUAUCCAAAAGAAGAAUGUGAAAUUAAUGUAGGUCUUAAUAUUCAAGAUGCAAAAUUCACAUUUAUUUACCCACCAUUUGAUGAUAAUUAUAAUUGGACUGUUACAGGAAGACCAUCAGGAGAAAUCAUUCAUCAUGGAAAAAGCUUAAGAUAUCUAUUUUGGGAAGCUGAUGGAUAUAAUAAUAUCGAUAUUAGCAAAGGAUUUUCACUUCACAAAUCAGAAGUCAUUUCAUUUUUUGAAGAAAAAUUGACACAAUUCAAGUUAAAUGAUACUGAAAUCUCUGAUUUUAUUACAUAUUGGGCACCAAUAGUAAUGAAACAUGAAUUUGUAUUAGUUUCAUUUCAAUUUGAAACUUAUGAUCAGCAAUUUCAGCUUCAGAUAAGUCCAAAAACUGAUAAUUUAAUAAGAGUUUUUGCGGUUUUUUAUCCAUUAUCAGAAAAACUUAACGUUGAGCCUCAAGUCAUCCCAAAUUUCCAAAGAGACGGAUUUACAGUAAUUGAAUGGGGUGGUUCAAUACUUGAAUAA